AAUUCGGUGCACCAAUUAAAGAACCAACCUGAUGUUUCGAGAGGAGAAAAUUCAGGAACCGAGCUGUUACCAUCAUGAACACCACCACAGGGACCAAAGAAAAGAGUCGGGAAAGAAGCUUUCCGGCACCGUCCAUGGGUCCGUCAGGAAAAGUCUUGGCAUGAAAGCGGCGGCGGCAGAUGCAGAUCGAGAUCCCGCACACACAAAUGCAAUGGUGACGGCCACCACCGCGCGGCUCCCCCUCCACGACCGAACAACGCGGGAAAGGGAAAGGGGAAACGCUCCGCCCACCCACCGCCCCGCUGGCUCGGCGGGGCGGCCCCACCGCCGGCGUGGGCGCACGUGCCACCGUCUCGCGUCUCACCCGUGCCCGGCGACGGCCGGGGACAACUACCGCGGAAGACGGAAGUACUACCAACAGAAGAGAUGGUCUGAUGAGGCCCGGGGCCCCCGCCACCUUCCCCCACUACCAGCGAUCGGCGCCGCGCUGCUACUUCGCGGCUCGCCAGUCGCCGGCGAGUCGGCCGGCCGGCGUUACAUCUGCGCGCCGCAGCCGGCGAUCGACCUAGCGUGCUAGCCUUUUCUUGUUCUUGAUCUGCCUUCGAUCUCUGCCUGCCGCCGGUCCUCUGUUCUUGCCCCCGCCCCUCGGAUCUCGGCCUCCCAUCGCCGUCAGCUUCAAGGUCUGUGCUGGCAGGUGAGAGAGGAGUGGCCAUGGGUAUUGAGGCAAAGCAUGAUACACUAGGCAUCAAGAAUGUUUUGAGGUCCUCGAUCAGAAUAGGCUAUAGAUGUGCCUCUGAACACCGGGCUCUCUUCAGUCUAGCAUUAUUGCUUUACCUGCUGUACAGAUCUUCACCGGGUCUCUUCGCUUUCAUUCUCUCCACUUCCCCUGUAAUUAUAUGCGCCACCCUUCUUCUUGGUAUACUGCUAAGUUACGGGGGCACACAUCUUCCUGAGACUGUUGAAGACCGGAAGACUGACACAGUUUGUUCAGCUCCCAAGUUUGGAUGCUUUUCCAGAAAUAUUCAUUUUGAAGCACACCAGGGAUUUUCUGUGCCUGCAGUUAAUGAGAACAAAGCUGGCUUCAAAUGUUGGGAAUUCAGAAACCCAAGUUUUGGCAAGGAGAGGGAUGAGAUUGUUCCUCUUUUGAAGGGAUCAGUUGAUCAAGGAGAUGAGAGAGUUUAUGCACAUGAUAGACUCGCUGAGGUGUUCACUUCUGUUCCUUCUGUGGUGACACUGCAGCAAGAGGUUGGUUUGGAGGAAUUCAUGAAGACUAAACAUGAGCGGGAGUCCAAAGAUCCAUUUUGCAGCAAUGAUAAGAGUACUGAGUAUGUUAGCUUGUUUGAGGAUGCUGAUCAAAAAAGAGUUGAUGAGAAGGAGGCGACAUCUGAAUUAUGCUCUUUCAGUGAGAAUGAUAGGGAAAAUGGUGAAACGGUGGCAAAGGAAAAUAAAGGUAGAGUGGUAACAGAUUCACAAAGUGAUAAUGUGAGAGAGGCUUCAGAAGAUGAACCAGCUAAAAAACAGGCUGGUACUUGCAAAUGGGGCCGUGCUUUUUCCGUCCGUCAGAGAAAGAAGCUUGAUGGCAUAAAGAUUGAGGCUAUCAAUGUUGAUGUAAGCAGCCAAAUAGAUUCUUCUCUAGUUUCACCAUGUGCAAGAGUUGGCGACCAUGAUGUUUCGUCAGGUUUUGAUUCUGGUAAGCCGGAGAGUUCCUCUUCUGAUAUCACUAUGGUUGAUGUUGCUCCAAUGCUCGAUGAUAUUGAUCCUCCUCUAGGCAAUGAUGAUUCUUUUAAGCUAGAGAGUUCCUCUUGUGAUAUCACUGUGGCUGAUGUUGCUCCAAUGCUUGAUGAGAUUGAUCCUCCUUUAGGCAACGAAUUCCAGAGCCCUGGUCCCAUUGGCAAUGAUGAUUCUGGCCUUUCAUGUCAAAAUAAUCAGGAUCCUCAACUGGAUAGUGGUAAUAACAACAAGCCUGAUACUAGCAAAGAUGAAAAUGAUGCCAAGGAUGGAGAAAAGAAGAAGGAUGAUGGUGGGAACCAACCUGAAUUUCUUGGGACAGCAGACGAAGAUAAGAAUGCCAUGGAUCUUGGGUACUCUGAGGUGGAAAGGAGUCGCAGGUUGGAGUUCAUGAUGGCUAAGAGAAGAUCGAGGAAGAACAUAAUAUUCGAUCUUGAUGGAAAUGAUGCUUGUCAGAGUGCAGAUAGAUUUUCACGUUUCCGCAUGCAAGUUCAGCCUAUUUCGGUAUCAAGGAGAAGCCCUUUUGACCUUGCUUCUGAUCCUGAUGAGGCAGCCAUUCCUGGCUCGGCUCCUUCAAUCAUGCAUCGGCGAAAUAACCUGUUUGAACCCCCUUCUGAACAAUCAGAUGAUAGCAGUGUAUCUGCACAUGAUAACUUGGACUCUCAAGAAAUCAUGACAGGUUCCCGCCGAGACAUGGUCUUCAAGAGGCAUGAUACCUUCAACUUUGGCGGCCAAGAGAGACACCGUUCUCGAUUUAAACCAUGUUUCGUGCUGGAUGCAAUGGAUAUUCAGGAAGAAAGUACGGGCAGUUUCCAGAGGCAGUUCAGUGACAAGAGUGUGUCAAAACUAAGUGCUGUAUCUGAGUGUGAUACCCUUUCUUCGGUUGCUGAUCAAGAGGAAUGCAGCGACCUCGUCAAAAAGGAUUUCCAGAGGUGGUUCAGUGACAAGAGCGUGUCGAGACUGAGCGUUGUUUCUGAAUCUGACACCCUUUCUUUGGUCGCCGAUCAAGAGGAAUGCAACGACCUCGUCAAAAAGGAUUUCCAGAGGUGGUUCAGUGACAAGAGCAUGUCGAGGCUGAGCGUUGUUUCUGGAUCUGACACCCUUUCUUUGGUCGCCGGUCAAGAGGAACGCAGCGACUUCAAUAAGGAUUUCCUCUGGUAUUUCCAGAGGCAGUUCAGUGACAAGAGCAUGUCGAAAGUGACCGUCGUUUCUGAAUCCGAUGCCCUUUCUUUGGUCGCCGAUCAGGAGGAACGCGCCGACUUCAAUAAGGAUUUCCUUUGGUACUUCCAGAGGCAGUUCAGUGACAAGAGUGUGUCGAGGCAGAGCGUUGUUACUGAAUCUGAUAUCAUUUCGUCGGUCGCCGAUCAAGAGGACCGCAGCGACCACGUCAAAAGGGAUUUCCUUUUGGGAGACACAUCGCCAGAGCUGCCAAGGCAGGAAGGUGAUGUCGGAAAUGCUGGAAGCGAAUGCCCAGACUCGGUCGAUUUUGCGGGUGAUGAAACUCUGAAUGCUGCUGUCGCCAGUGGGAUGGGGUCUGAGCCAGUGUGCAAUGCUGCAACAUAGGCUCUGAAUCUUCUGAUCAAGUGAUAUCGAAGCACAGAGUUUUGUUUGUACAUUUUGUGAAUGUAAUUGGAUAGAAACAUGGCACUGUUACUGCCGCCAUUCUCUGAACAUAGGCCCUGUGAAGCUCGAAAAAAAUGAAAAGAGAAAGAAUAAAUUUUUGUGUGUA